AAAUAGCAGGGAAGAUAAAGGAAAAAUUCAAUUCAUCCUUAAAAAAUCAUAUUUUUCAAAACCAAUCAUAAAAAUCUUUUAUCCCUCAAUUUUUAACCUAUUUUUUACGAUUUCCCUAAAUUAUUCGCUCCAUAUUGGAUAUAAAGACCGAUACCGUUGAAUUUGGCUCCAGAAUGCUCUAUUUCAAACCUGUAGGAAAUGGGAUCGGCAGUGGCGCCAUGGAAGUCUCUUCUUCUUAGUGCUUUGGAAUCAAAUGGCCAUUUCAAGCAUUCCAAAUUCUUGCAGCUGGCAACGAUAGGAACUAAUGGAAGGCCCUCAAAUCGAACAGUCGUUUUCAGAGGAUUUGAAGAAGGCACCGACAGGAUCCAUAUUUACACAGAUUCUCGAAAUCGCAAGAUUGAAGAGCUUAAGAAUUGUCCAUUUGCUGAGAUUUGUUGGUAUUUCACCGAAUCAUGGGAGCAAUUUCGUAUCAGUGGGAGAAUGGAGGUUGUCGAUGCAUCAUGUGUUGAUGCUACAAAGUUUAAGCAAAGAGCAGAAGCCUGGUCCUCCAUUUCUCCAAAGUCAAGAAUGCAGUAUUUGGGGCCUAGUCCAGGUCUUCCUCACCUUGCUGAACAACCAGCCAAGGAACCUUUUCUAGAUUCUUGUUCAGGUCCUGUUGAUACAUUUUGUUUGCUGGUCUUCGAUCCUGAUCAGGUUGAUUAUCUGAAUGUGAGGAGUGAUGAAAGGAAUUCGUUUAAAGCUAUUACAAGUUUUGGAGGGGAGAAAUUAUGGGAAACGGAGAGGAUAAAUCUCUAACAGUCACACCCGGAUCUGCACAUAUACAUCUUGAUAAGAAGCUGCUAUCUUCAAAUCAACUGAUGCAAGUUGAAGUUGCUCACGUGUUCACAAAAAUCCAAAUCCUUUAGUUUGUUUUUUUUAAAUGGAGACAAACUUUUUUAUCAAUAAUAGAAACUCAAAGGACAAGAGAGAUACAAUGAGCGAACUCCUUCAGUUUGUUAGUACUGAUGUUAUUGAUCAGUAACAGUUUCUUGUGCCACACAUUGUUAUUUUUGAACACGUUCAUUAAUCAUUCCCAAUGAAAUUUGGUAGCUUUAUUCAUUUGAA